UUCUCUUCUCGCCCUUCUCCAGUCACUCAGUCCUAAAUUGAGCUGGCUUGAGUGCUGACAGACGAUUAGAGUAGAUAGUCCUUCUGUGCCUUUAGAUAGAUAGGUGCAGAGAGAGAGAAAGGGCUUUCUGGAUUGGAAUUAUUGCAAUGUAUCGUUCGUGACACCGAGGCACCGGUGCGCGCUCUAACAAGACAGUCAUUAAGCGAUAGUUGCGUCUCUAACGUUACCUUUAAUUGUUAAAGAGUCUUAGGAAUGCGAAGGGACAUAGGGGUCAAACUGGCAAAUAGCACAAAAUGAUCAAUACAGUAUACGAGCACGCGUAGUUUUUUUCCUUGUUAUUGUAGUUGUCUUGAUCUGACACAGAAUGUGCAGUGGCUCUGACAGUUCAGUUCUUUUGUCACUACAGCGACUUUCUGCUUGUGAUGGUUGUGUGCAGUGACGUUGUGGCGCUUUGUCCGUGGCUUCUGGCGAAGUGCGCUGGAGAGAUAUAGUUGUAUUACAUCAGUGCACCAAGUGACUGGAGUGCGACACAGAGAAGAGAAACGGCUCUGGCUGAAUGGUGCGUGUUGAGGGAGGGGUGUUAAUUAUCAUUCAGAUUUGCACUAGUGGCUCAAGAAGCAUUUAAGCACCAUUUAGAUAUUUAGGUGCAUUCAUGGAAUGUGACUGUGACCGCUUCCCACUGCCUGUUUAUCAUUGAUCAAGACUGAGCAUCAGAGAAGGCUGGUAGAGGCAAUGGCAGAGACAACCCUGGAGCCACUGUCCUCUCUGGAGGUAGCCAUCGAUCCGGAUUUUGAGCCACAGAAACGGCCGAGAUCAUGCACUUGGCCACUGCCAGAGUCCAGCUCAGCAAAGCCUGCUUCCAACGACACUGACAUAAUCCCAGAGGAAGAAGAUGAUGAGGAUGACAAAGCUAUGGCAAUCAGUGCCAACAGUGUGGGUGAAGGAGAGGACAAUGGCAGCCCAAGCCUGACUGAGGAACUGCAUUCCACUAGCGGUCAGGAGAACACAGGCUCCCCACUUUCUUCUCAGCCCACUUCUGCGACCACGACGAGUCCGGGGGCAAGCGGUCAGAGCAGCCAACAGCAAACUCCCCGGAAGUCAUCUUCAAGGAGGAACGCAUGGGGCAACCUGUCCUACGCAGACCUUAUCACAAAAGCCAUAGAGAGCACCCCAGACAAGAGACUGACACUGUCCCAGAUCUACGACUGGAUGGUCAGAAGCGUCCCAUACUUUAAAGACAAAGGCGACACCAACAGUUCAGCUGGUUGGAAGAACUCCAUCCGGCAUAACCUGUCCUUGCAUAGCCGUUUUAUCCGUGUACAGAAUGAGGGGACUGGAAAGAGCUCAUGGUGGAUGAUCAAUCCUGAAGGGGGGCGGGGAGGUAAAGCGCCAAGGCGACGUGCAGUCUCCAUGGACAAUGGUAACAAAUACACCAAGACUGCACGUGGGCGUGCAGCCAAGAAAAAGGCAGCGCUGCAGGCUGCUCAAGAGGGUUCACUGGAGAACGUAUCUACUGGUGGUCUGUCCAAGUGGCCAGGAAGUCCCACUUCCCGGAGCAGCGAUGAAUUGGAAUCCUGUUGGACUGACUUCCGCUCACGAACUAACUCCAAUGCUAGCACCCUGAGUGGACGCUUGUCACCUAUCUUGGCCAAUCCAGAGCUUGAUGAUGUUCCAGAUGGCCCACCCCUGUCUCCAAUGCUCUACUCUAGCCCCAGCAGACUUUCUCCUCCCUCAUCGUCCUCAUCAAACUCCAAAACAUGCCCCGCUGAGCUUCCAGGGCUAGCUGACUUGACUGGCACAAUGAAUCUCAAUGAGGCUGACAACCUAAUGGUCGAUCUGUUGGACAACAUCGCCACACAAGUGCAGGUAGUUCAAGGGUCUUCUGCAUUCAGUUUUGGCUCCAAGAGCACCACAUCACCCCCAAGCUCCUCUUCAUCCCAAACUGUGAGCAACAACACCGGAGGAUUCAGUAACACCAUUUUUGGGCCUUCAGCAGGAGGCCUACGUCAGACGCCCAUGCAGACCAUCCAGGAAAACAAGCAAACAUCGUUCUCUAGUGUUUCUUGUUUUGGGAACUCGCUUCAGGAGCUGCUGAACUCUGAUUCUCUGGUUAUGCACAGUCAUAGUGACGUCAUGAUGACACAGUCAGACCCACUCAUAUCACAGGCCAGCGCUGCUGUCACCUCGCAAAACUCCCGUCUUCGCAAUGGCCUCAUGCUACGUAAUGAUCCUAUGAUGUCAUCCUUCAGUUCUGUGCUCAAUGGGCGAAGCAGCCACCUCCAGAACAAGCAACUGGGGUCCAAUGUCCAGGGUUCUUUGUGUUCCCUCUCCAACAACAGGGCGCAAAGUCUAGCUAACAAUGCUAAUAAUUUAGUCUCUGCAAAACAGCACCUCCAGCCACAGCCCUCCAUGUUGAUGACCGAGACUUCGCUUUACUCUGGCCUGAAUGGAAGUAACGGAGUGGGGAUCUGCCAUCCCUCAGGAACAGAUCGUUUUCCAUCAGACUUGGACCUGGACAUGUUUAACGGCAGUCUGGAUUGCGAUGUGGAUUCCAUAAUUCGCUCAGAACUAAUGGACUCUGAUGGAUUGGAUUUUAACUUUGACGCAUUGGUGCAAAGCGCUGUUAGUUUGAAUCCUGUGGGAAACUUCACCGGGACGAAGCAAUCCAAUCAAAGUUGGGUGCCUGGCUGAUGGCAGUCACUUAGGCUCAGAACUGCAGAGAAAACAACAAACAAUAGAAUAACAACUACAAAGAAAUAUCCAGCACAAAAAA